AUGGCGACGUUUUGUGAUUUAAGUUUCGGGAGUUUCGACAUUAAUUAUGAAGAUUAGAAACAAAAUGUCAUAUUAAACAAGUGUUAAGAGUGUUUUUUUUAAGUUUCCAGAUAAAACCUACUUAAUAUUAUACGUGUAUUUUUUUUUUUUUUCAUUUCGCGCUUUUUUCUGCGCAAACUUAUAUUUUGACAUUUUGAGGUUGGAAUUCAUAUCGGCGCUAAAAUAUUCGCAUUUAAUAAGUGAAUAAUACGAACUGUCUGUGAAAUUUUAACGAUAAUUAACGUUUACCACGAUUAUAAUAAAUAAAUUUAGAAAAUGAAUCACGACAAAAAAGGCGGAAGAAGAAGUAGAUCGCGAGAAAGGGAUCGCGAUCGUGAGAGAGAUCGUGAAAGAGAAAGAGGACGAGAUCGAGAUCGAAGGGACAGAAAAAGAUCAAGAAGUCGUUCAAAGGAUCGAAAAAAGGACAGAAAACGUUCGCGAUCAAAGGAACGUGAAAGAUCGCGUGAUCGUGACAGAUCACGAGAACGUGAUCGUUCACGUGAGCGCAACAAGGAUUCAAAGGACAAAUCAAAAGACGAUAAAAAACGUAAAUCAAGUCCAAUAUUUAUUCUCGACAAUGACGGGAAAAAGGAUGGAAAAAAAGAUGACGAUGAAGCAACAAAUAAAGACGAGACAAAAGAUGGAACAAAAAAAGAACCCUUAAGCCUCGAGGAAUUAUUAUCAAAAAAGAAAGCCGAAGAGGAGGCGCGUGCAAAGCCAAAAUUUCUCUCCAAAGAAGAGAGAAUGGCAUUGGCAUUGAAGAAGCGUCAGGAGCAAGUUGACGCGAUAAAGAAGAAAAAUGACGAGGAGAGGAAAAUUGUCAAUCAAAGUGGUUCGAGUUCAACGAGUAAUAAGGAUAAGGAACGCGAUUGGGAGAAUAGUGGCGGCGGUGGUGGUGGUGGUGGUGAUCGUGAGAGACGUCGGGAAAGUCAGAAGGCAAGGGAAGAGGAUGUUAAGGAUAAGGACAAGGAGCGUGAAGUUGAAGCGAUAAAGGAACGUUAUCUUGGUCUUAUUAAGAAGAAACGACGAGUUAGACGAUUGAAUGAUAGGAAAUUUGUAUUCGAUUGGGAUACGUCGGAGGAUACUUCGGUGGAUUAUAAUAAUAUUUACAAGGAACGUCAUCAGGUGCAAUUUUUUGGACGUGGCAAUCUUGCUGGUAUUGAUAUCAAGGCGCAGAAGCGAGAUCAGAGUAAAUUUUAUGGAGAAUUACUUGAGAAACGACGAACCGAAGCUGAGAAGGAGCAGGAAAAGAUGCGUUUAAAGAAAGUGAAACGAAAAGAGGAGAAGCAAAAAUGGGACGAUCGUCAUUGGUCAGAGAAGGGAAUAACCGAAAUGACAGAACGAGAUUGGCGUAUAUUCCGCGAGGAUUACAAUAUCACGAUAAAGGGAGGUAAAAUUCCUGAUCCAAUACGUUCGUGGAAGGAGUCCGGCUUUCCCAAGGAGAUAUUGGAUAUUAUCGAUAAAGUUGGCUACAAGGAUUUAACGCCAAUUCAACGGCAAGCGAUACCAAUUGGUCUGCAGAAUCGCGACAUUAUUGGUGUCGCCGAGACUGGUUCGGGUAAAACGCUCGCUUUUCUCAUUCCCCUGCUGUUGUGGAUCACCAGUUUGCCGAAAAUUGAACGACUCGAGGAGGCCGAUCAGGGACCGUAUUCCAUUAUUCUCGCUCCAACUCGUGAAUUGGCGCAACAAAUUGAGGAGGAAACGAAUAAAUUUGGUCAACCAUUGGGUAUAAGAACUGUGGUCGUCGUCGGUGGUCUUUCGAGAGAGGAACAAGGUUUUAGGCUACGAAUGGGUUGCGAGAUCGUUAUCGCAACUCCGGGUCGAUUAAUCGACGUAUUGGAAAAUCGUUAUUUGGUAUUGACGCAAUGCACGUACGUUGUACUCGACGAGGCUGAUCGUAUGAUUGACAUGGGUUUUGAGCCAGAUGUGCAAAAAAUUCUCGGCUACAUGCCCGUGACGAAUUUGAAACCAGAUAAUGAGGACGCGGAAAAUGAGGAGAAACUGCUUGCAAAUUAUAAUACAAAGAAGAAAUUCCGACAGACGGUGAUGUUUACGGCGACGAUGCCAGCGGCUGUUGAAAGAUUGGCGAGAACUUAUUUACGACGUCCGGCUGUUGUUUACAUUGGAAGUAUCGGUAAACCAACGGAGAGAACGGAACAAAUUGUCCAUAUUAUGGGCGAAUCUGAUAAAAGAAAGAAACUUAUGGAAAUUCUCAGUCGUGGCAUUGAACCGCCUGUUAUUAUUUUUGUCAAUCAAAAGAAAGGCGCCGAUGUUCUUGCCCGUGGACUCGAGAAACUUGGGUACAAUGCUUGUACUCUUCACGGUGGUAAGGGACAAGAGCAAAGAGAAUACGCUUUGGCGUCGCUAAAAGGCGGAAGUAAAGACAUUUUGGUCGCCACUGACGUUGCCGGAAGAGGUAUCGAUAUUAAAGAUGUCUCAAUGGUCAUCAAUUACGAUAUGGCGAAAACUAUCGAAGAUUACACGCAUCGUAUUGGAAGAACUGGUCGCGCUGGAAAAGCGGGUUUGGCGAUUUCGUUUUGCACAAAAGACGACAGUCAUUUGUUUUACGAUCUCAAGCAAACGAUUAUUGCAAGUCCAAUAUCAACGUGCCCGCCGGAACUUCUCAAUCAUCCGGAAGCUCAACACAAGCCAGGAACUGUUGUCACGAAAAAACGACGAGAGGAAAAAAUAUUCGCCUAAAACAAUAUACAUUUCACUAUUUGUAUUGUACAUACAAAAUUACAUGAAUUUAUAAUAAUCUUUACGGAAAGAAGGAGAGAGAGAGAGAGAGAGA